AUGGCCGAGAGGCUACAGGAGGAAAUGGAUAAGAAGUUCUGGGAUACUGAAACGGAAUCUGGCUACUUCAUUGGAAGCGAACAAGGUGAUGUUAAGGUGCGCAUCAUGGAAGACCAGGACGGUGCCGAGCCUUGUGCGAAUUCCGUGGCUGUUGGGAAUCUAAUACGUCUGUACGAAUAUUUUGAAAAAGCUGAGCAUAAGCAGAAGGCAGAGAAGAUUGUGUCUGCUGCAUCAUCCCGCCUUAUCAAGUGCAUACCCAUUUAUUCUGACAAAAAUGAUUUCUGGAUAUCAUCGAAUGGUAAAGGGUUCAGUCAAGAUAACUCGUACAUCACUGAGCGAUGUCCAGCAUAUGAGGCUAUGUUGAAAAGCAAUGGAAUCAACACAUUUGUAUGCGCUAAUUUUACUUGUGGACCUCCUGUCUCCAACUUGCACGAACUGAAAUCGCAACUGGAGCAGCUGGCGAAAUCGACAGCGUAA